AUGUCGCUCAAGAUCACGGUCUCUCUCCGUGCAAGAAGUGUUGAGAAGUGGAUCCGCACCGUGAAGAGGGACUACCUCGACAACGCACCAAAGAAGCGCGUCGGCUUGGACCGCGAGUUCACCAACCCUCGCGAGGGUAAUCAGUGCGCCGCCAUCCUUCAACUCUCGGUGGCGUCCGAGAAUUUGAUAUUCCAGAUUUGUCGGGAGGAUGAAGUGCCACAACUGCUGAAGGAGUUCUUGCAGGACGAGAACAACAAAUUCUUUGGCGCGGCUAUCGGCAAUGAUGUGGAAAUGGCGUGUCACUACGGUAUUCAUAUUACUUCUGCGUUCGACCUCCAGAAGAUACUCCCGAAUCCCACCAACAAUCCAAUUCUGAGCCUACAUGAUCUAGAGAAUUCUAUCAUUGAGAUAAAUCUUGAGAAGAAGAAUAGGAAGAUGUACAAGAAGGACACCGAGCAAAAAAAAAGAAAAUGA